AAAGGCUUGGGGAACAGGAGGAGCUGCGGCUAAGGAGAAGGCCAGGCUGCUGUUCAGUAGAGCAGGACAUGGAAAACACAGAAGAGAGAUGAAGGUAUUCGGUGAUGCUCUUGUCUUGCUGCUUGUUGACCUCCCGGAGCCCAAACCUAAUGGCAGCCUGAAGGACACAUCUGAGGGGGCUGAGGAAACCGCGCUCCAUCAGCUUUGAAACCACCUGGUGACCUGGGGAGGUUCGUGACACCUGGAAAAAGACUCUGCCUAUCUCCAGGAAGGGGGAGAAGGAAGAACUGGGGCACUACAGGCAGAUCACACUCGGUUUUGUUCCUGACAGCCGGUAAGCCUGCCCUCCUGUGGUCCUGGAAAAGCCAUGGAUCCAGACAGGACCGCCACGGGAUGGGCACGGAUGCUGCCCUUCCUUUUCCCGAGGCGGCGAGGCUCUCGGGAAGGCUGCUGGCACGGAGCUGCCAUGUGUUGUGGUUGGGCUCUGUGGAGGCAGCCGUCCCUGCGGGGCAUCGCUUCCUGCCUUGGCUUUUACACUUAAGGUUGGUUCAGUAACGCCGUGGCCUCGGGUGCCCGCCGCAGGAUUCUGGUGGGGUCUGCUGAGCCAACGCCGGGGAACGUUGGGUCUGAAGUCCCACAGCUCCGCUCCAUCCUGGAGCGCUUCCACGAUCGAGACUGUCUGGAAUCUUCCUUGGGAAAGCAAGGUGCCCGCUGCGUUGCUCCAAAGAAGCAAUCCUGCUUCCUGGGGCACCAGCCAUGGUUUGGCCAAGAGGCACCGCGUGAUAACACCAGCGCCCAUCAGCAUCAACAGCCCCUCCACGUGCCCAGCACCAGUGGAAGGCGCUGGAUGAGUUCCCCGUGCCAGGAGCCGCUCUUCUGUCACUCACCGCCCACCUCCAUCCACCGAGGCAGAAAUAUGUCCCCGAAACAACCCUCUCUGCAGGGCAGGAGGGCACCAGCGAGCCUCCAAGCUUGAAGACGCUGCUCGUGGCCCCAUUGGAAAGCUCGAAGACGCGCUCAGGGUCUCGCGGGUGCUGCGUGGGCUGCGGGCUCCGUCGCUCUCAUCUCUCAUCUCUUGCUGGCUGGGGGCUGUGCUGGAGGAUGCUGCCCUGACCCCGCUGCUCGCCCCGCCAUGGCCGCGUCCCCCGGGGGGAUCCCCGCUGAGCUGCAAGAAGGCAUCGCGGCCUCCCUGGGGGCAAAGCAGAUCCUCUUGCUCAAGAGCGUCCAGCUGCAGGUGAAAUCCAAGUAUGACGACUUCGUUUUGGUGCUGGCGCCCUGGCGAGCCUACGUGCUGCUGGCCACGCUGCCGGUCAGGGUGCACAGCAGCUUCAGCUUCCUGGAGGUGAGGAACAUCACCGUGCAAGAGCCCAGCGUGGUUGUCAUAGAAACCGACACGUCCUCGUACGCCUUCCGGCUGAUGUCCUUCGAUGACUUGGAGCAAGUUGUCGUCCACGUCACCAUGUCACUUAAGAAGGUCUUUCCAGACUCCUCCCCUGGGACGCUGCUCAAGAACUCGCCCCCCAACCUGUACGAGAGGAUCCGCAUGGUCACGGACUCGCUGGAGGAGAUGCUGCAGAGCAACCAGGGGCCCUGCGGUGGGUUUUCGGAGACCUACGCCGCGUUAUGUGAUUACAAUGGCUUCACCUUCCGCGAGGAGAUCCAGUGGGACGUGGACAACAUCUACCACGGCCAAGACUGCCGGGAGUUCAACCUGCUGGACUUCAGCCACCUGGAGAGCCGGGACGUGGCGCUGAGCGUGGCCGCCUUGUCCUUCAACCUGUGGUUCACGAAGCUCUCCUGCAAGGACUUCAGGCUGAACCAGGAGAUCGCCGAGCAGCUGCUCUACAUGCUGAGCAAGUCGGUGACGCUGGAGGAGCUGGCGCUGGAGAACAGCGGGCUGAGGGGUGACUUCACACAAAGGAUGGCCCAGGCGCUCAGCAGACAUCCUGAGUCUGUGCUGCACACCAUCAACCUCGCUGGCAACCAGCUGGAAGACAGAGGGAUAAUCGCCUUCAGCCGACUCUUUGAGAAGAGACCCAAGGGCCUGCAGAGCCUGAACUUGGCCAGGACAAUGUUCACUGCUAAAGCAGGGAUGAGCGUGCUGUGCCAGGCACUUGCAGCCAACGAAGCCAUCAGCUCCUCACUCUGGCACUUGGACCUCUCAGGGAACCCUGGCAGCUUGGCCAUGGAGGACACCAGUAGCUUGCAGAGCCUCCUGGGCCGGUGCAGCUCACUCACACACCUCAGCCUGGCUGCCACUGACUGCUCCCUGGACACCCUCUUUGGGGCGCUGGUCCAUGGAUGCUGUGCCAGCCUGGUCCAUCUGGAUCUCUCCAAAAACGUGUUCUCACACCGAAGGGUGAAAACCAUCUCUCCCAGCAUCAAGCAGUUCUUCAGCGAGGCCCGUGCGCUCAGGCACAUCUCCAUGGCGGGUACCAAGCUGCCACCAGAUGCUGUCAGGGCUGUGCUGCAAGGGCUGGCGUACAACAGCCACAUCAGCGACCUGCACCUGGAUCUUAGCAGCUGCGAGCUGAGGUCGGCAGGAGCCCAGGUCAUCCAGGACCUCAUCCCCGAUGCCAGUGCCAUCAGCGACCUGGAUCUGUCUGACAACGGCUUUGACUCCGAUAUGGUGACGCUGGUGCUGUCCAUUGGCAGAAGCAAGUCCAUCCGGCACGUCUCUUUGGGAAAAAACUUCAACAUCAAAUCCAAGGAUGGGCUGGUGGAUGUCCUGCACCGCAUCGUGCAGCUCACCCAGGAAGACGACUGUCCUCUCCAGUCCCUGUCUGUGGCCGAGUCACGCCUCAAGCUGGGCACCAACGUCCUGCUGAGCGCCUUGGGCAGCAACACCAGCCUGACCACGCUGGACAUCAGUGGUAACGCCAUGGGGGACACCGGUGCCAAGAUGUUGGCCAAGGCUCUGCAGAUCAAUACGAAGCUCAGGACUGUGGUGUGGGACAGGAACAACACCACUGCCCUUGGACUCCUGGAGGUGGCUCAGGCUUUGGAAAGGAACUACACCCUCAAGUCCAUGCCCUUACCAAUGAGCGACGUGGCACAGGCGCACCGGAGCAACCCUGAGAGGACAGAGGAGGCUGUGCACAAGCUCCAGUCCUGCUUGGCGAGGAACCAGACGCGGCGCGCACUGCCCACGCAGACCUUCCGGCUGCAGCAGGGCAUCCUGACCUCCUCCUCCGAGCAGAUGGUGAAUGAGAUCUGCUUGAGCGUGCAGAAGCACGUCGACAUCCUGAGCUCCUGCCCGGGCAGGGAGACGGAGGCGGACAUCCUCCGUGCCGAGGAAGCCAUCAGGAACGCCAACCUGGCCGUCAGUAUCUUGCCCAUGUUGUACGAAGCGGGGAACGCCCCGCACCAGAGCGGCAAGCUGCAGCACAAGCUGGAGUGUCUGGUGGAGGAAGCAUCACAGACCUGCAGCCGGGAAAUCCAGGCGAUCAUGCAGGCGGUGCUGGAUGCUGCACACAACCUGUGCCCACCCAUGGUGCAGAAGAGCGGGGCGAGAGACCAGCUGGUCAACGCCAUGUCGGAACGCAUCCACCUCCAGGAGCACCUCAACCUCAGCGCCGUCCUGGACCAGAUGGUCACCGACGUCUUCAGCAAGCUGAACGAGAUCAAGCUGUCCAUCACCGCCGCCGUGGCCGACUGCAUUGUGGAUGCUGUACUGGGAGAUCUGACCGCUGCCCAGUGCAAGCUGGCAGAGAGCCUCCCCACGCAUGGGCCGGAUCUCCUGGAGCCUGCUGAGGACGAUGCCGCCGCGCCGGCGCGGGGCAGGAACCCCUCGGAGCUCACCGAGAGAGGCUUCGCGACAGAGGAGUACAAGAUGGCUCUGCGGAGGAAAAACAAACACUUCAGGAGCAUUCGGCCCGCACUAACUGUGAGAAGUCUCUCGGAGCUGGAGCUGCCGGUCGCCGGGAAGGCUCAUCCUGCUCCAGCAAAGGAUGCUGAGCCCGCCGCCGGCGCGCUCCCCGGCACGCCGCCCGCCCAAGCCCUCAUGGACCUGCCGACCGCCGGGGAGAGGCUGGAGCACUGCACCAAAGCCAGGCCCAGGCCCAACCGCCGGCACAAGCAGCCGCCCAGCAAGCCCACCGUGCAGCCUGUGUCCCAUGAGAACAGUGAGGACAGGAGCAUCACCCGCGUGGAUGAGGGCCUGGAGGACUUCUUCACCAAGAGGCUCAUCACCGAGGAGCUGCCCAGCCCCACAGUGCUGGAGACCGGACCAGGCUCAGCCCCUCUGGCGUCCUCCAGCUCCCGCACCCUCAAGAAGAAAAUUGGGAAUUUUUUUGCUUUCAAGAAGCCCAAAUCCAGCCGGAGCUCGCGGUGUGAGAAGGAGCCCGAGGGCGGUGCGGCGGCCCCCAGGAGCAGGCGGUCGAUGCUCAGUGACAUUUUACGGGCCCCCAGCAAGGCGGGCGAGCCAGGCAAGGCUCUGAGCAAAUCUGAGGAGGGGGCACUCAGCGCCGAGCCCGAGCACAGCCAGACCCCCGAGGCUGCCCGCAGGAUCAGGCCCAAGUACUCACGGGAGGGCAAGUCCCAGUCCCUCAUCCUACUGCCUGGGGAGGAUGAGGAGGCGCUGGGGGUCAGGCAGGACAAGAAGAGACACCUGGAGAAGAGCGACGGGGAGCUGCCCAACUCCUUCGAGCAGCGUGUCCACGUCAUGCUGCACCGCAUGGGCGUCACCAAGGGCCUGGUCACCGAGAGCAAGAAGCAGCAGAGUAAAGACAGCGAGAUCAAGAAGGCUGGUUCAGACGGGGACAUCGUGGACAGCUCUGCGGACUCCCCACCGUCCCUGAAGGCUCGCACGCACUCCGUGUCCACAGAUGCCUCCCUGCGCAGCCCAGCGGAGCCCAGCCCGGCCUGGAAGGCGCUGGGGCGGCAGCUGAACGCCGAGCUGACGGGGCUGGGCCGCGAGCAGCUCCGGCGUUGUUCCGCCGGCCCCGAGCAGAGCGGGCCGCCGCCGCCGUGCCGCGAGGCCUGGAGCAGCAGCCUGCCGCGGCCGGGCAGGAGCCACGUCGGGGAGCCAACCGCUGGCCCCGCACCGCCCACAUCGCCCCGCUCCGGUGCUGAAGACAACCGCCUGACGCCGCGGCUGGCUGUGCUCGGGGCCCGCCGGGCUGUCUCGGUCCACGAGGAGCAGCUCAGGGAGCCAGAGUGCCUGGCGGAGCUGGGAACUGCCACAAUCCCCCUCCGUCUGCGGCGGUCGCCUGUGCUGAAACGGAGACCGGAGGCAAGCGGCGAGCCAAGGCUGGCGGCGGAGGCGGGAGGCACCGCAGCGCAGGAGCGGCUGCAGGCCGCGCCGGAGGAGACGCGGACGGCAGCCAACGCGUUGCACGGGGAGCAGCCGCCAGCCGCAGCACAGACUGUUGUGUAUGCACAAGACUCAGCCGUAGACCAAAGAAGCUCUCUGCCGGGCCUCGGGGAGCCAGCCCUGGGACAGUGAGCCCCUGCAUGCCGCCGCGCUCUUCCCAAUAAAACCCUGCAAGCGAACGCACGGUGACGGGGUGAUUAGCAACGGGGGCGUGGGGCCGCUCCGUGCCCUGCUCCCCACCUCCGGGCAGCAUCGCCAUCUCCUCCAGAAGGAAGCAGCCCUCAGCGCAGAGGGGCUGGGGCUGUGGGGCCGGGCUCCAGCGGGGAGCAGAGCUGCAGCCCCGGAGCCCCCGAAAGGGCGGAGAAGAACCGAGCAUCGCCAUCCCCGGACUGUCGGCACAGGCUGGUGUGCUGCAGGUGGUGGCAGGGAGCGCUGGCACGGUUAGGACACAGUUUGGGAGGUUGCUUGCAGCCUGGCAGCGCGGAGCGGCUGAGACAUUUUUAGCAGGCGUCCCCGGGGCCCUGUCACCCCAUGCACCAGCUCCUAGCGCACCUCCUGCUCCUCAGCUGGCAAGGCAACGCUCCCUCCAGCACCACGAGGCCCACGGAUCUCGCAGCAUGACCUCCAACCAUCGCCCUUCCAGCCACGGCCCUGCCGCUCCCAGCUGCCACCAGCGUCACCCCAGACCCCACAUGGCUUUCUCCUGUGGCAACCGCGAGCAGAUCAUCUCCCCUCCACCUCUGGACCAAAUGCAUUACCUGCACCCAUGUUUACGACACAGAAGCAACGUGCUUGGUUUUUUUUUUUUUUUUUAUU